AUGCCUACCAACCCGCAAGCGCAGGGAUCGCAAUCCCAGCGCGGUCAGGGAAAGACGAGAUAUGCAACUUCGUGCACAGAAUGCCGCCGGCGAAAACAAAAGUGUUCCCAAGGCCAGCCUUGCACGAAUUGUCUACGCAGAUUUCCACAAACGACUUGUGAAUAUACAACCACUACUACGAGAAGAGCGUCUAGCCAGGGAGGUAGUCGUCCCAACGACGUAAAAGUCGUUGUCGAAGGCCCAGCCUAUUCACAUCUCGAUGUUGGCGAGCUGCAAGAUGCUAUCCUGCAGUUGGAACGGGAGACCCGCGAACAAAUUGAAAAGAAUGGCUCGCAGACGUUUUCUGUCAAGUUUCCGAGACGUCAAAAUCCCAACCGUGCCUUGACAAGCGCUGAAGGCGCCGAAAACGACGACGAAAGCAAGCUUGACCCCAAGGCCAGCACCGGAAGAGCUGGCAAGGAGCAACCAUUUAAGAUUAUUGUCAAGGAUGAGACGGGCCUCUUACAACCUCAGAACAUGCGAACGCUUCUAAAGACUAUUCUCCAAGUACGAGUCAACUUUGCCACCAAGAUUGUCAAUGACGAAUAUACACUGGACUCGAGAGCGUUGCUGCGCAUGGCUGAGCGCGCCACACGCCCGCCGCUGCAAGUUAGCAGCUACGAAGACCACCUCCACAACUUGCCCAUGACCUUGAACAAGUUGAACAUCGAGCUUGUCCGAAUCUACUUGCAACUACUUUGUCGGUUCAAAGCAGUGGUAGACGGUGCCCCAGACCCAACGAACCGAUUCAUGAAGCACUGGGUCCCUCUCUCCAUCAAGUCACCUCUCAACCUCCAAAUCAUUCUCUACACCUCGGCUUGCUUCUUGAACGAGACUGGCCAAGUACCAAAAAUGGUUGUAUGGGCGCACAAAAGUGCUGUACACAAGCUUAUCAAUGAACACAUUGCCAAGGUCGGCAAGAAUCUUAGUGACGAAGUCAUUAUGGGCACUGCUCAGAUGGUUCUCGAUUCGUGGUACUGGGGAACAACCGAGGAGAUGCAAGCGCAUAUGCUUGGCCUGAAAUCCAUGAUUAAAAUCCGAGGAGGUUUUCAAACCCUGGGAAUACAAGGUUUCCUUGCCAAGACCGUCAUCACGGAUGACAUCACCAUUGCCCUCGCUCACGAAAUCCCCACAUCCAUGUUCGACAAGGAAGGCUUCGAAUUCAAGGACGAAUUCAUGGUGCCCUACCAAGUAUCAUUCAACUCGCCGUUCAUGUCAGACUGGCCGCCAUUCUCCAGCCCUGCAUCUACGCUCGACGUACACCCGAAUGCGAACCAGCUUCUUGACGAUAUGCGAAACUUGCUCAAACUUGUUUUGGAGCUCCCCGAGGAGCAAACUUCAGAACAGCUUCAGCAAGUCGCUGAACUAGCAGCAUGGACAUACCAGCGCAUUUCCAUGCUGCCUGAGAAUGUACCCAGGAGAUGUGACAAGGAGCAGCAAAAGCAGGAAGACUUGCAGAUGCAGCAGCAGAGAACCCAACAUGUACCACAAGGCCAGAAUCAACAGCCAGUGUUGGCAGAUGCCGACUCGAAUGCUGACAGAUCCUCCAACGGCACGAGUGCGCGGUGGGAUGGAUCAUCGCCCGAAAAUACGUAUUCCAGCAGCGUAUUCGAGAGCUCUACACCAAAGGAGGAAGCCACCUUGACCCCGGAAACCUCGCCUGCCAGAAGCGGAAGCGACCAGUAUACAACCCCUCAGCGCCCGGACCUCAUGUACCGGGUUAUCCGCAACGUCGCGCUCAUCUACUGCCGUGCCAUCUUGGCCCGCGUGCCGACUAGCCACGUUUGUGACGCCAACGAAUUUGUGCAGAUUUGGAUGAAUAUCUGGGAAGUACCGCUGGCACAGUGGAAGACCAUUCUUGGCGUCUACCACUGGAUUACAGUUGGCCUGAUUCCCAGCGGACACGACACACCACCCGCUCGGUUUUCCAAGAUGUUGAUGGUCGUGGCACUUUUGUCCAUUGGGUUGGACAAUUGGCACAUUUGCAUCGAGAUUUCCCGGGCUGCGCUGAAACUGCAAAAGUGGCUGCGAGAGGGACACCCUGCGCCACCCUCUGGCAUCGUGGGCGGCGAAGCCGGUGUGCUUAAAUAUGGAUUCCCGAUCAAGGAAGAUUUGCCCGCUAUUGCCAAAUAUGACGGCAACCACUUCCUUGAGGGUAUUGAAGAAGACAUGGACGAUGCAGACGAUCUCGUUUAA